CCGGGCCCCGGAGCUUCCAGAGCGCAGGGCGCGGCCCCGGACGGCGACUCCGACGGAGGGGCGCAAGCCGGGCCGGCGUGGGGGCCGCGCCGCACCUGCACCCGCCCCGGGCGGGGACAGCGGCCUCGCGGCGAUCGCGGGGACGGGCGGGAGUGAGGAGGGGCCGCCCAUGCCGGGUGCGGUGGGUCCGGAGGGCCGAGGUCUGCGCGCGGACGCCCAGCGGGAGGGGCUGUACCCUCCGAGCCAGGACAGGGAUGCUCUCAGGGCUGGCGGCCAUGGAGCUGAAGGUGUGGGUGGAUGGCAUCCAGCGUGUGGUCUGUGGGGUUUCAGAGCAGACCACCUGUCAGGAAGUGGUCAUCGCACUGGCCCAAGCGAUAGGCCAGACAGGCCGCUUUGUGCUUGUGCAGCGUCUCAGAGAGAAGGAACGGCAGCUGCUACCCCAGGAGUGUCCAGUGGGUGCCCAGGCGACCUGUGGACAGUUUGCCAGCGAUGUCCAGUUUGUCCUGAGGCGGACAGGACCCAGCCUCGCUGGGAGGCCCUCCUCGGACAGCUGCCCUCCCCCUGAGCGCUGCCCAAUCCGAGCUAGCCUUCCCCCAAAGCCUCGACCAGCACUGGACCGUGAGCCCUGCAAAGCACUGACCUUCAGCCUGGGGUUCCCUGGGCUGGCCCCCGGCCCUGUGCCACCCGAGCCUGUGGGUCCCAUAGCACCAGUGCCGGGCUGCUGCGCAGACCUGCAGGGCUUGGAGCGAAGGGUGCGCAGGAACGCAGCGGAGCUGGGCCAGGAGGCCUUCUGGGAGCAGGAGCUGCGGCGGGAGCAGGCCCGGGAGCGCGAGGGGCAGGCCCGCCUGCAGGCGCUGAGCGCGGCCACGGCUGAGCAUGCCGCUCGGCUGCAGGCCCUGGACACCCAGACCCGCGCCCUGGAGGCCGAGUUGCUUCUGGCCGCAGAGGCCCCUGGGCCCCCCUCGCCCACAGCGUCUGUCGCAGAACGCCUGCGCCAGGACCUGGCCGCCCAGGAGCGGCAGAGUGUGGAGGUGCAGGGCAGCCUUGCCCUGGUGGGCAGGGCUCUGGAGGCUGCUGAGCACGCCCUGCAGGCCCAGGCCCAGGAGCUGGAAGAGCUGAACCGGGAGCUGCGUCAGUGUAACCUGCAGCAGUUCAUCCAGCAGACGGGGGCUGCACUGUCCCCACCCCCACGGCCGGACGGGGCCCCCCCUGGCACGCAGGAUCUUCUGCCUCCGGCCAGAGAAGAGCCCCUCCCGGGAGCCCCCCAGAGUCCAGCCCUAGUGUCCAGCCUGAGCCCAGAGAUCGCCCCCAUGAGGCAGAACUCCUGGAGGUAGCAGCUCUCGCCCCAGAGUGGACGUCCAGUGCCAGCCCAGCCCUGGGCUCUGAUGACACGAGCAAGGGCAGCCAAGGCCAGCCCAGCCUGGACGACAGAAGGCGAGCUCGGGAUCACAGAGGACUCCUUCCACCAUGCAGUGGGAAGCCCUGGUACCCUGGGUCUGAGAUGGGACGCCUCGGAGCCCUAGGGUUUCUGCUGCAGGGGGCAGGGGAAGGCUGAGGACUGUCGCUCUAGUCCUUGUCAAAUCUGCCCGGACCCCUGGAGAAGCACGGGGCGUGGCCAGCCCAGAAAUCACUAGGCCCCAAAGGCCACAGCUCCGUGCUGGGGAAAGGAGGUGCACGGACCACCCUGUGUUCAGCCUGUAGGUAUGUGCUUGCGUGCGGGCGGUAUCCUUCCCCACGUCCAUGUGUGUGCAGGUGCGUGCACACACGUGUGUGUGCUGCCUUCCUACCCCGACACUAAAACCUCAAUAAACUGCCUCAUGUGGCUUAA